UGCAUCUCGGCCACCUCGCACAACCAUGCUUCGGCUCGGAGCUCUUCUUCCACCGUCGUGCGGACUUGACUUUGGCACCGGCACGCCAUCUUUCAUCCCUAGCAACUGCGCAGACUAGACCCAAGAGAACGGCACGGUAUCUAACCCGCAUAAACCUUGGUGCCUCGUGGCCUCCCUUCGUUAACCCCCACGCGCUGCCCACUCCUUUUUUCAUUCUUCCCUUUCUCUUUUAUAAGCUUGACAUAGGUGGCCCUGAUGGAAGUGUAUCGCGACCGAGGAAAGAACACCAUCGGCACAUAUCCCAACAGCUAGUUCCCUACCUACGCAUUGCUCCUCCUCAAUCUCGAUACGAUUACGCUCCUUUUACGAUAUAAUACACUAGAUAUACCCCUGCUGCAUAGCUCAUCCUCUUGACAACGCGACCGGCAUUCGAGCGUCCAUUGUUACUACGAUACCCCAUUGCUUAGCCUCUUACCUACUCGGACCUCCGUGUUAUCUACCUCAUCUCCAUCACCAGUCUUAGGAACACAUCCGCGAUGGCUGGCCUUUUGGACGUAAUAGCUUGGAUCUACUACGCCAUGACGGAGCCGAGCUGGAUCCCGUCGCAGUUUCAUCCUUUCUUGCAUGGCAUUUCUGGCUUCUUUAUGACCCUUGGUUCUCUCUUCAUCGUACCAAUCAUCUGCCUCGUCAUCUACGACAUCACCCUCUACAUAUUCAGACUCACCGGUUCUGCCUGCGAAACAUUUACGAAUGCGCUGCGAGCUCGCCAAGCUACCCAACCACAACAAUCGAAACUACCUAUAAACGGGAAUGGAUCGACUCCCAAUGGUCAUGCACCGUCCGAAAAGACACAGUAA